UAAAUGAUACGCUGGUGUUGUAUGACAUUUCUAACCGCAUUUCGCACAUGCGCAGAGUAAAUCGGGGAACAAAGCUCUAGCUAGCAGCGUUAGCUCCGUGUGGACAGUGAGACGGAGGAUUGUUCGUGUGUCGCAGGUCAAAUAUUCCAGUUGUUGACAAAGCAGCGAUGUCGUCACUUCCAUAUUUGAGAGAUUGAAUCCACGGACGACUAACUGCUGCUGCUGAAGACAUAUUCCCACACGUAGAAAGAAUCGUCGUCGAGUACGAAGAAGGGAUGAAUCGUCAGCACAAACUGUUGGAGGUCGUUUGGAAACCUAAAGUCAAGCCACAGCGGAUCAGUGUGUCUCCAGAGCCUCCACAGCAGCAUGUUAUAAAGGAGGAGGAGGAGGAGGAGGUUCUCACUGAGCAGCAGCUCUGUAACCAGGAGAGGAACUCCAGUCUGGACCAAGAGGAACCAGAGUCUCUACAGAUUAAAGAGGAAGAGGAGGAAAUCUGCACCAGUCAGGAGCAGGAGCAGCUUGAACUGAAGCAGGAGGCUGAUAACUUUAUGUUGACUCCUGAUAAUGAAGAAAGUGAUCACAUGGAACCAGAACCAGACACUGACCACCAGCUCCUCUCUGCUGUAGCUGAGAGUCAAAAACAGACAGGAAUCAAACACGUAGAAAUUACCAUUGUUGAGUCCAAAGAAGAGAAGGAUCGUCAGCACAGACUGAUGAAGAUCCUUUGGAAACCUCGAGCAAAGUUACAACAAAAAGAGCUUCCACAACAGAAUGUUAUAAAGGAGGAGGAGGAGAAGGAGGAGGAGGUUCUCACUGAGCAGCAGCUCUGUAACCGGGAGAGGAACUCCAGUCUGGACCAAGAGGAACCAGAGUCUCUACAGAUUAAAGAGGAAGAGGAGGCAAUCUACACCAGUCAGGAGCAGCUUGAACUGAAGCAGGAGGCUGAUACCUUUAUGUUGACUCCUAAUGAUAAAGAAAGUGAUCACAUGGAACCAGACACUGACCACCAGCUCCUCUCUGCUGAAGCUGAGAGUCAAGAUCAGAAUACUUUAAAAGAAAAGAUUCAUAUGUGCAAUAUUUGUAAGAAAUGCUUUGGGUUUAAAAGCAAUUUGGUAACACACAUGAGAACUCACACAGGUGAGAGGCCAUUCUCUUGUGAAACAUGUGGAAAGUGUUUUCUACAAAGUUCAGAUUUGGAAAAGCAUAAAAGAACUCACACUGGUGAAAAGCCAUUUUCUUGUGAAACAUGUGGAAAGUGUUUUCUACUAAGUUCAUAUUUGAAAAAGCACAGAAGAACUCACACUGGUGAAAAGCCAUUUUCUUGUGAAACAUGUGGAAAGUGUUUUCUAAAUCUUUCAGAUUUGACAAAACACAUAAGAACUCACACAGGUGAGAAUAUUUGUAAUAUUUGUAAGAAAUGCUAUUCGUCAAAGAGUUACUUGAUGGUCCACAUGAGAACUCACACUGGGGAGAGGCCAUUCUCUUGUGAAACAUGUGGAAAGUGUUUUCUACAUCGUUCAAAUUUGACAAUCCACAUAAGAACUCACACAGGAGAGAAGCCCCAUGUUUGUAAUAUUUGUAAGAAAUGCUAUUCAUCAAGGUGUUACUUGAUGAUCCACAUGAGAACUCACACUGGUGAGAAGCCCCAUGUUUGCCACAUUUGUAAGAAAUGUUUUGCACGCAGAGAUACCUUGACAGACCACGUGAGAACUCACAGGUGAGAAGAAGCCAUAUACCACUGACGUGGAUGGUCUCAGAAUCUUUUAUUUGAAAAUUCACCGUAGGCUCGGCUCACUUUCAAACCGUAAAUCCGAGAUGUAAACUCAAAUCAAAUAGAUGUUGAGUGCAUUGUAGUCACUUGUAUAAACUUCAUGGAAGCCCAUAGUAUUUUAAAGACAUGACUGAUGGUGAUCGAUUGUGUCAAAUGAAUUUCAUUAUCUUGUCCAAGACUGGGUUUAAACUUAUUAUUGAAUCUGUCUCUGAUUUUGUUAUUGAAUCAAUUAUCUUUGUUUACUUCUGUAGGUAAAAGUAGGUGUCUAAAAACCUGUUAAAAUGCAGCAGAAUUGCAUUGACUUCAAAAAUUAAACAUUUUCUGGAGGAGGUCGCCUAUACCCCCCCCCUGUAUGUGUGUGUGUGUGACCUGAUUGUCCGUUGCAGUCUGGUCCUGUCCUGCUUUGUGGCUGAGCCAAACCACACAGUGAUGGAAGUCAUUUGGGUAAUUGUCAUGAUCUUUCAUCCACGUCACUAUAAUGUCUUUUAAGGUGAGCGGGUUGAAUAGUUCUGAUUGCAACUGUAUGUAUGUAUGUCUAUAUUUGUCUGCUUUGUAUAACUAAUCACUACAGAUGUUGACUGCUUUGAUUUAAAUAGUGUUUUAUUUUUGUACAAAUUCUAUCGGUUGUUCACCUGAUAAAUCUGUAUGGAGAACAGAUAUGUUUGUAAAUCAUAUUCCAGGUAAGAGACAAGCAGUCUAAGAGGGAAUUACGCCUCCCUAUCUUCAUUCCUAUGUCCUGAACGACACACCAUCCUUGUUUACUGUUAAACCCUACACGAGCUAGCGCUACUUUGUUACCUCCAAAACACAAACAUUUAUAAAUGAUGGUACUGAGAAGCUGUAGUCACAAGCGGUUGAAGCGCUGGUGAGUCUGUGUCGUUUUUUUAAAUGUUUUAUCUUUUUAUGCUUCCUAUUUUUAUUGCUUUUCAUUGAUGUCAUUCUGUACAGCAUUUUUUUUGAGUUAUUUAGAUUUGAUUAAACUAGCCCAUUUCUUAUAUCAUCAUUUUUUAUGAUGCAUUAUGAUGCUUGCCUUUAUCAUUAACGGUAUUUCUGUCAAACAUUUAUUGAAGUCUUCAAAGUCCUGGAAAUAAAAUGUUUGAGUAAGUAUUCUGCGCCUUUUUUAUACACCACCUGUUUAAUAUAUUCAUGGAUUAUU